AUGGAUCUUGUUCCAGCCCCUGCUGGUGUUCCAGAUGCCGUUGCUUUGCCCGAUUCGGCAGCCCGACGAGAGGAUCUGCAACUCCUCGAGAACCUCAUGAAUGAAGUUUGUCAGGAGUGGCAUGAAAACCAGGAGUUGAAAGCCAGGGUCUUCGGUGCCGAGAAGAGAAUGUUUCUGUGGCCGGGUGAUGCGAAGGGCAAGAAGAAACAGGAUUUGCUGAUGCCAAUCGUGGGGCGAUGCUUGCAGCAUUCGCUUUUGGCCACAGUGCCGAUGAUGGAGAAAAUGCUGGAGCACACGUGCGAUGAGUGGAUGGUGCCCAACCUUCCCAGCAACGUCUUCAACAAGGAUGCCCGGAACAUGAAGACGGCUGUGACGUGCCAUCGAAGAUUGGCUGAUCGCUCGGAUAGCCAGCGUGAUGGCGAUGUGCACGAGCUAACUGCAGAGCUACGCAAAAGAUCCAGAUGGGUUCUGGCCACGGAGUGCCCGAUCUCGCGCUUCCACGCGAUCUUGGAGGAUUUUUCGAAGCCGCGCUUCUCCAAGAGUGUGCGGCAAGCGCAAGGGAAAUGCAAGGGCAGGGGCAAGGGUGCAAGAUGCCAGCAGUCGCCAGAUGAAGCCGAUGAAGCAUUGGUUCCCUUGGGCCCUCCAGAGGACGAGGAGGCUUUGGAUGAGGAGCAGGAUGCAGCUCCGAGUGAGCCUGCAGAGGACAUUCCGGAUGAUGACGGGCACGAGAGCCAGGACGGAGAGUCAGAGCCAGAAGCUCUGGAUCUCAUGCUGAAGGAGAUCGAUGCACUCCCCACCCCUGUGCUUGUUGAAGACUCCCCGAUGCCCGGAAAGACGCUGAAUUCUCCAGCUGGAUGCUCCGGUGGUUCCGAGGAUAUGCUUGGGGAGCUGCGUGCCCUUUUGCAAAGGCAGAAUGCCAGGCUCUUUGGUGAGCACACAGAUCUGCAUGAGACGCUUCCCACGGAAGAGGAUUGA